GCAGAUGCCAUGCAACUUCCAUUUCAUGCCAGAUGGGUGGAAGAAUAAGAACUUAGAUCACAAUAGUUCAUUUCUGUUUCAUUUCCUUUAACCUCCCAGAAGGUUAAAUGUAUCAGUAAGAGAAAUACAUGGAUUAACUGAAUUUUUAUAGUGAUUAACAUUUGGAAUUAAUUGUAAUAUUUUAAUAAAAUUUUUAUUUUGAAAUGGCUCCCUCAGCUUCGUUUCCCGCAGAAAAAUUAAAGGCACAACCUGUUGGAAUUAAUGCUGUUUUGUUAGGACCUCCAGGAUCAGGCAAAGGAACCCAAGCUCCAUUGCUGAAGGACAAGUUUUGUGUAUGUCAUCUGUCUACCGGAGACAUGCUCAGAGCUGAAGUUGCAUCUGGGUCUGAACUGGGAAAGAAAUUGAAAAAAGUAAUGGAUGAAGGGAAACUUGUCAGUGAUGAUCUGGUUGUCAAUCUCAUUGACAGCCAUCUUGACAGACCAGAGUGUGAGAAUGGUUUCUUACUUGAUGGUUUCCCUCGAACAGUACCACAGGCAGAGAAGCUGGACGAGCUGUUGGUCCGCCGCAAGUCAGUGCUUGAUGCCGUGAUAGAGUUCAACAUCGCAGACAGUCUGCUGGUGCGCCGUAUCACGGGGAGACUGAUCCACCCGUCCAGCGGCCGCUCCUACCAUGAAGAGUUUCAUCCCCCCAAGAAACCUAUGACUGAUGAUAUCACCGGUGAGCCAUUGAUUCGCCGUUCUGAUGAUAAUGUUGAUGCUCUGAAGAAGAGACUAGAACAAUAUCAUAAACAAACAAAGCCAUUAGUGAGCUACUAUAAUCAAAAAGGUUUGCACCACAAAGUUGAUGCUUCAUUGCCAGCUACAGAGGUUUUCAAGUAUAUAGAAAAUAUAUUCACUAACUGUGCACUAAACAACGCAUCAAGGAAAGCUAAGGACCGAGUCGUCUUUGUCUGAGUGUUCAAAUGUUCUAUUUUUGAAAAUGAAUAUAGGUAAAAGGGAGUUAGGAUUUCAAAUAAAAAAUUUGUUUGGUUCAUCGUAGUUAA